AUGGGUGACGCUUUGGACCAUCUCCAAAACCGCACCAAGCUAGAAUGGCAGUGCAACCUCAACAUCGACUACUUGCCCAAGAAGAAUCACCGACGGACAAGUAUCAUUUGCACCAUUGGCCCCAAGACCAAUUCUGCUGAGAAGAUUACUAUGCUGAGGAAGGCUGGCCUCAAUGUCGUCCGCAUGAACUUCUCUCACGGCUCUUACGAGUACCAUCAAUCUGUCAUUGACAACACCAGAAAGUCCGCCAAAGACUACCCAGGUCGGCCCGUGGCAAUCGCCCUCGACACCAAAGGACCAGAGAUCCGGACAGGAAACACGCCCGGCGAUGCGGACAUUCCCAUCAAGGCUGGCCUUGAGCUGAACCUUACUACCGACGACAAAUAUAUGACCGCCAGCGACGACAAGAACUUAUAUGUCGACUACAAGAACAUUACCAAAGUGAUCGAUGUCGGCAAGCUGAUCUACGUUGACGAUGGCAUUCAAUCCUUUGAAGUCACCAAGAUCAUCGAUGACAAGACUCUUCGUGUGCGAGCGCUCAACGAUGGACAAAUCUCUUCCAGGAAAGGCGUCAACCUUCCGGGCACAGACGUCGACCUCCCCGCCUUGUCUAAGAAGGAUAUCGCAGACUUGGAGUUUGGUGUCAAGAAUGGAGUCGACAUGGUCUUUGCCUCCUUCAUCCGACGAGGAGAUGACAUCAAGCAUAUUCGCAAGGUUCUGGGCGAGAAAGGCAAGGAGAUCCAGAUCAUUGCAAAGAUCGAGAACCAGCAGGGCAUGAACAACUUUGACGAGAUUCUUGCCGAAACCGACGGCGUCAUGGUUGCACGUGGUGAUUUGGGCAUUGAAAUCCCGGCUGCGAAGGUGUUCAUUGCCCAAAAGAUGAUGAUCGCCAAGUGUAACAUGAAGGGCAAACCCGUCAUUUGCGCGACCCAGAUGCUAGAGUCCAUGACCAAGAACCCACGGCCUACCCGAGCUGAAGUUUCGGAUGUUGCCAAUGCUGUUCUCGAUGGAGCCGAUUGUGUGAUGUUGUCGGGCGAAACUGCCAAAGGUGAUUAUCCCAAGGAAGCCGUCACCAUGAUGCACGAAACGUGCUUGUUGGCCGAGGUUGCCAUCCCCUACGCCAACGUAUUUGACGAGUUGAGGACCAGCUGCCCUCGUCCUAUUGAGACUGUGGAAUCCAUUGCCAUCUCUGCUGUGGGAGCAAGCAUGGAGCUGAAUGCUGGCGCCAUUCUUGUGUUGACGACCAGUGGUCAUUCGGCGCGCCUUCUCUCCAAAUACCGUCCAGUGUGCCCCGUCAUCAUGGUGACACGCAACGCCACUGCUUCACGCUAUGCUCACCUGUACCGUGGGGUGUAUCCAUUCCUAUUCCCGGAACCGAAGCCCGACUUCCGUGGUGUCGAUUGGCAACAGGAUGUGGACAAGCGAUUGAAAUGGGGCAUUGCGCAGGCGAUCAAGCUUGGUGUUCUGGCCAAAGGCGAUAGCGUGGUCUGCGUUCAGGGCUGGAGAGGUGGUCAAGGACACACCAAUACCAUUCGUGUCGUACCUGCGGAGGAAGACUUGGGUCUCCAGGACUGA